AUGGUGGCGCCCGCGAGCGUCACCGCGUCGGUGUCGGCCAUCGACAAGGAUUUCUCCCGUCCCCCAAAGACCCACGGCCCCGGACACUCCGUCAUGCUCCGCCAACCUCGCCGCCCACCAACUCGCGCCACCACGGUCACGCCACCACCACCGCCGUCUCACCGUGACCCACCGACGAAGACCGACAAAACCGGUAGGAAACCCCCGAGCCGAGGGGAGUCUGGACAGCAGCCUCGCAGGAGGACGCCACCUCCACCGCCAGCUGCGGUGACAGACCGGACGCAGCUACAGGAGCAAACCAGGCCCCUCUGGCCCGGCCGAGCCCGACGGGCUCGUGAAGCUCCCGUGGCCGCGCUGCAGUCCACGCGCCGCCGUCCUAGCCACACUCAGCAGGAGAGUCUCCACCAGCCGUCGGGAGCAGACCUAGGAUGCCGGAUCCGGCCCGCCCAAGCCCGAGAUGGGGCCCGGGCAGGCCCGGAUCCGGGUCGAACCGCGCCGCCCGUGCCGCCGUGA